AUGGAGCAGACCAUAUGGGCGCCAAACAGGCGCUCAAUAUUGCGUUUAUUUGCCAAAUCUAAAUCUUGUCGUCUGACUGAUCGAUAUGAUUUGGCUGUGACCAUAGGACGGAAUAAUUGCAACCGGAGUCGUCCCUCGGAGUCAUAUACAAGAUCGUUCCAUAGCACCCGAUUGAACAACAAUACAACAACACGACUCAACAUAGGAACACAUCAAGCCUACCCCCUAUCAGGCUACUACUCCGACCUGCUCUCCUUCCACCAACCGCCUCAGCAACAACAACCCUCUCCCCCUCAACCUUUGCCCUCUUCAGUAGAAGAAGAACCAACAAAAGAACAAAAAAUGGCCAUUGUCUUUGGGACCCGCCUCGCCGGUCCGGGCUAUCAAUCAACCCGCUACAACCCUGAAACAACACCGCCCGAAUCAACCUGGAAACAAAUCAACGGCGUGCCCAUACCGCCGCGACCUGCGGAACCGGACAAUUGCUGCAUGAGCGGGUGUGUCCAUUGUGUCUGGGAUGAUUAUAGGGAUGAUUUGGAGUACUGGGCUUCGAGGGUGAGGGAGGCGCGCAUUACCUCUGCAGGUGCGGAUGUGACUGCGGAUUUGGGCGCAAAGGGGAAAGAGAUGAGGCAGACGCCUAGAAAGGAGGUUGCAAGCGCGAGCAUGAGUAUGGAUGAUGAUGGGGGUGGCAGUGAGACGAAUUGGGAGCUGCCUUCCGUACCGGACGUGGGAGAGGAAGAGGAUUUGUUCAAGGGAAUUCCGGUGGGGAUUAGAGAGUUUAUGAAGAUUGAGAAGAAGUUGAGGGAGAAGAAGAACAGCAAUAACCUCCAACCUUGA